GUUGACGUAUGUAACUGUACUUUUUUUAUUUUCUUUCUUUUUUCUUUUGAAGGAAGUGAGACUUGUACACUUGAAGGGUCCAAUUUUAUUACACAAGGCUGCCGAUUUUCACUCAUCUAUUCUAUCUAUCAACCAGCCUCGUCCCCGUAUCGCAUUGCAGGCAUAACUAGGUUCGUGUGUUGAAAGCUGAAGAAGAGAAGAGAGAGAUGGAAGGCUGGGACCCAAACACGAAGUCGACGCUAACACAGAUCCCAUUGCUAACAACAAAGGCAGGUCCCCGAGACGGAGCGGCAUGGACGACCAGGCUGAAGGAAGAGUACAAGUCUCUUAUUGCUUACACUCAGAUGAACAAAUCCAACGACAACGAUUGGUUUCGUAUCUCUGCCUCUAAUCCUGAAGGUACUCGUUGGACCGGUAAAUGUUGGUAUGUCUAUAAUCUUCUCAAGUAUGAAUUUGAUCUUCAAUUCGAUAUUCCCGUCACUUAUCCUUCCACUGCACCCGAGCUUGAACUCCCUCAAUUGGAUGGCAAGACUCAAAAGAUGUAUAGGGGUGGAAAGAUAUGCUUGACUGUUCAUUUCAAGCCUCUCUGGGCCAAAAAUUGCCCUAGAUUUGGUAUAGCACAUGCACUUUGCUUGGGUCUUGCCCCGUGGCUUGCAGCGGAGGUUCCCAUUCUUGUGGAUUCUGGUAUGAUCAAGCACAAAGACGAUGCAACCACAUCAGCUGAAUCUUAGUUAAUCAAUGUCUGAUUAAAGCUGUAAAAGUAGAAUCAGGCUUUAUAGUUAUCAAAUCUGUCAAAGGGAAAUAAAUGAGCUGUUUGACUGCGUUUUUACGGGAUCUUUCAUGUAACUACACACAUUUAGCUGCAGACGUUGAAGUCUUGAGAUCCGUAAAAGCACCGACAAAUUAUUAUAUAUUGCAUACAACAUGGAUAGUGAAUUACCAGUGAUUUUUAUCUGAACUUGAUUUUCAAUGAAGUGUUUGACUGAAAAAGGUUCAUCUUUUGGUAUUUUGA